AUGGCCGAUGUAUCCGCGAUGAGGAUAUCAAUGACUCGGCGGCGUAUAACUGUCAGCUACUCUCUGCGUUUGUCUAGUAGCAUGGAAGCUAACUUCCCUUCAUCAGAGAGCUUGCGACCAGUGUCAUGGCCGAGUGCACGCCCAGCAGUAGUCCUGGAAUUUGUGCGCAAUGCGUCUCAUAUGGCUCAACGUGCAGUUAUAAUCGCCCAGCCAAGCGUCGUGCCUGCUCCAGGUUCUCGUUCUACUGCUGGUGUUAGAGCAUCAGCGUCAUCAUCAUUCCAGCCAGUUCAGGACUCAUCUCCACAUACAGGGUAUCGUGAGGUCGCAGACCACGAGACCAUCUUGCAAUUAGCCGAUUUUUAUUAUCGUGUUGUUUAUCCCAUUCUCCUUUACUUCCACUGGCCCACCUUCUCACAGAAUCUUUGCGCCAAACGUUACAGUCAUGACCGCUCUCUCUAUGCUCUGACCAUGGCCGUAUGUGCGACUGCGUCUGCGCGCAUACAGGAGAAAGCACCUCUUCCUCCUUCAUCACUGAAUCUCAACUUUGCCUCGAUUCCGCCAUCGAAGGUAUUCUAUCAAGAAUGCAUGGAUACACUCAAUCAAUUGAAAGAGGUCGGGCCAGACUUCAAUAUUAUGCGAACUGAAGCUUUACUCGGAAUGCUUGACCUUCAGUACAAUGAUCUCGGCGGAUGUCUCGGGCAUUUGCAUCGAUAUCUAGCCAUGUCUGCUGAAACAGGGUUCCAUGAUGAGGCAAAUUGGCCCUCAACGCUCACGGAGAUCGAGGUACAGGAGCGCCGGCGCCUUUUCUGGCAAUGUUACCAUUUUGAUGUUUAUUUGGCCGUCACCUUUGGGUGCCCAAUGCGGCAACGGGAGUCGUAUUGUUGCGUCAGGUAUCCGACGGAAGUUUAUGACGACGAAGAGAUUACAGAGACGGGAAUUGCGCCUAUUACCAACGGCGCUGUUUCCUUCAUCCGGGGCUGGAACUUUGUUACAGAUCUCUAUCGUGUUCUUGAGCACAUGAACGAGUUGUGGCGGGCGAGAGAGACCGACGUGACACGACCAGGUAGCAAUCUUGGCCUGCUAUUCGCCAAUCUGAAUGCGAACAGAGAUCGUGUAAGCGAAAAUGAUAUGUUGCUAACUGCACAGCAAGACUGGGAAUCUCUUCCUACCGAGCUUAAAACCGCUCGUCCCAUGACCGGCGAUAUCAUCGGGGAUCGAUAUGGCUUCCAAGCUGCCAACAUUAUAAUCACUAUGACGACAGUCAAGAUGGUCCUUACUAGAUCAGAGGAUCACACCCUCGCUCAGCGAUGCGCUAUGGCUGGUGAGCUUCUUGACAACUUGUCAUCCAUUCCCACGAUAUAUGUCCAAGCUACUUCUACAGCGAUGCUUCACCACCUCGCUGGCGUAGGCCACCUCCUCGGCUCUAUUACUCACAGCCCAUUAUCUCCAUGGAUGUAUCUGCAGGUUCGCUCAGCUAUUCUUGCAAUGGCUGAUCUCAUCGAUAGCCUGCAGGCUGCCCUGACCCCUGAUGUCAACAUUUCCCUCAAACUCCGAGAACACGUUGAACAAACCGACAGAGCCAUGGAGGAGGUGAGAAAGACGAAUACCAAGAAUCAUGUCCUGCACAGCGCCCUACCAGCUGGUGUAUCGUGCAUCGCGGAAAAGACGCCAUCACAGGAGGACGAUCAGGAUGUUGCAGUAAGAACAUUGUUAACAAGCGUAUUUCAAACGCCGAUCAUUCUUACUCAACGAAUCCUGACCCCAGAUCAUUACAACCUCCCAUUAUAUACCCCUCAUCCGGAAUGCCAACCACCACAACAUCAUGGCCAUCUGGACCUUCGCCGCCGCCUCUUCAAUUCCCAACGGAUGCUUUUGAAGAAUGGCCCAGAGAUUUUGGGUGCGGAAGUGCAUUCUAUUAUCUUGGUGACGCUGGCUUAGGGGGGAUUCCUGAUAUCACGGACAGCGACGCUAGCCUGGUGUAAAGCGGAUAUUUAUCUUUGUCUGAGACUACGUAUGAGCGAAGUCUGUCGCUGGGGAUUGGCCUGAUUUAUCACGCGUGUAGAAGCACCCAUGGAGUUGUGAGCAAGGAAGACAAGGCCGCCACCCAUUCCCUUUACAUAUGUACCACCUAAGUACAGACUGGCUAUAACGAAGUUGAAUGCCAAUGUAAUAUCAAUCCUAC